GACAGCAGCGCGUGCCUGGGUCACUGACUGACAGACCUGUCUCUUUAAGUUUUUGUCAAAGCCGAUUACCGCUGAUCUCCGGCGCGAUUCUCCCUCCACCGUCUGUUCCCUGGAUCUGUGUUUGCGCUGCGUCGCUGACGCCUCGUCCCUUUUUUUUUUUCAUUCUUCACACAGUCCCCCUCUCGCAGUUUGGAUCGUGCACAGCUCGUGGGCGUUUGUGUUCACGGUCUCUGCAGAUGUGGUGCGUUUAGACGCGCGCUGCGCUGCCGACACUCGACACGCGCCAACUUUUUCUACCAUGGUAAACCUGGAUUACCUAUUCCUGCAAACAGAGACAUUGCGCGCUUUCUCUGUGUUAACCAUCCACUCCAAACAAGAGCAGCGAGACAGAAAACAGGAAGGGAUGUGAUGUCUUGACUGCUUUGAAGUUGGCACGAGAAUAAAAUUGUAAAAUGCAGAAGAGCGUCCGUUACAAUGAGGGCCACGCGCUGUAUCUGUCGGUGGUCGCGCGUAAAGAAGGAACCAAGCGCGGCUUCCUGAGCAAGAAGACCACGGAGAACAGCCGCUGGACUGAGAAGUACUUCGCCCUUCACCAGAACGUGCUCUUCUACUUUGAGAACGAGCAGAGCGCGAGGCCCUCCGGUAUUUACCUGCUGGAGGGGUGCACGUGCGAGCGCGCACCUGCGCCAAAGGUCUCCGCCAUCAGCAAGGAACCCGCGGAGAAACAGCAGCACUAUUUCCUGAUCAUCUUCGGCCAUGAUGGACAGAAACCGUUGGAGCUGCGGAUAGAGGAAGAGUCGGACUGCAAUGAGUGGGUGGAGUGCAUCCAGCAGGCCAGUUACUCCGACAUCAUUAUCGAGCGUGAGAUCCUGAUGCAGAAGUACAUCCACCUGGUCCAGAUCAUGGAGACUGAGAAGGUCGCAGCCAAUCAGCUUCGCACUCAGCUGGAAGACCAGGAAACUGAGAUCGAGAGGCUCAAAGCUGAGAUUGUAGUGCUGAACAAAACCAAGGAAAAGAUGCGGCCUCACCAGAACAACCAGGAGGAGGAAGAUCCUGAUAUUAAAAAGAUUAAGAAGGUGCAGAGUUUCCUGCGUGGCUGGCUCUGCCGCAGAAAGUGGAAGAUCAUUGUCCAGGACUACAUCUGCUCCCCUCACGCCGAGAGCAUGAGGAAGAGGAACCAGAUUGUCUUCAACAUGGUGGAGGCGGAGACCGAGUACGUCCACCAGCUGUCCAUUCUGGUGAACUGUUUCCUCAGGCCGCUCCGCAUGGCCGCCAGCUCCAAGAAACCACCCAUCAGCCACGACGACGUCAGCAGCAUCUUCCUCAACAGUGAGACCAUCAUGUUUCUGCACGAGAUCUUUCACCAAGGUCUAAAGGCUCGGAUCGCUAACUGGCCCACUCUAGUUCUGGCCGACCUGUUUGACAUCCUGCUGCCCAUGCUGAACAUUUACCAGGAGUUUGUGCGAAACCACCAGUACAGUCUGCAGGUGCUGGCUAACUGUAAGCAGAACAGAGACUUUGACAAGCUGCUCAAACAGUACGAGUCCAACGCCGCCUGUGAGGGUCGCAUGUUGGAGACGUUCCUCACUUACCCCAUGUUCCAGAUUCCACGUUACAUCAUCACCCUUCAUGAGCUGUUGGCACACACACCUCAUGAGCACGUGGAGCGCAAGAGUUUGGAGUUUGCUAAAUCCAAACUGGAGGAGCUGUCGAAGAUGAUGCACGAUGAAGUGAGUGACACGGAGAACAUCAGGAAGAACCUGGCGAUAGAGAGGAUGAUUGUUGAAGGCUGUGACAUCCUAUUAGACACAAGCCAGACCUUCGUCAGACAAGGCUCUCUCAUCCAGCUGCCAUCCAGCAGUGAACGUGGCGUGCUCAGUAAAGUCCGCCUGGGCUCGCUCUCGCUGAGGAAGGAGGGGGAGAGACAGUGUUUCCUGUUUACCAAACACUUCCUCAUCUGCACCCGAACAUCUGGAGGAAAGCUUCACUUGCUGAAGCAAGGAGGAGCGUUGUCUCUGAUCGAGUGUACUCUCAUUGAAGAACUCGAUGCCAGCGAUGAGGACUACAAUGCAGCUGGUCAAGGUUUCAGCCAUCUGGAGUUUAAAGUGGUGGUGGAGCCCCCUGAUGGUCAGGCCUUCUCUGUCAUCCUGUUGGCUCCUUCUCGCCAAGAGAAGGCUGCGUGGACCAGUGACAUCAGCCAGUGCAUUGAUAACAUCCGGUGUAACGGGCUGAUGACCAGCGUGUUUGAGGAGAACUCCAAAGUUUCUGUGCCACACAUGAUCAAGUCUGACGCUCGGCUGCACAAGGACGAUGUCGACAUUUGCUUCAGCAAGACGCUCAACUCCUGCAAGGUCCCGCAGAUCCGCUACGCCAGCGUGGAGCGUCUGCUGGAACGCCUCACGGACCUGCGCUUCCUCUCCAUAGAUUUUCUCAACACCUUCCUCCACACGUACAGGAUCUUCACCACGGCCGCCGUAGUCAUUGACAAGCUGGCCAACAUCUACAAAAAGCCUUUUACUUCCAUACCUGUCAGGGUUGAGCAGCAUUCUUGUGACCGUCUGUCCAUCAUGUCCCUCUGUCCCGACUACAGUCUGAAGAUUACGCAGCUUGCUCUGGACCAGUCCAAGUCUCUGGAGCUCUUCUUUGCCACCAACCAGAGUGCGUGGGGAACAGACCCGUUGAACAACAAGUCCCCGAGGCUCUGCCGCAAAUUCUCCUCCCCUCCUCCCCUCUCCAUCCCCUCUCGCACCUCCUCGUCCCCCAUCAACUGCCGCAAGCUCUCCCUCAAUUCCCCAAUCGGUGCAAAAGCGGGAGCCUCGGACCUGACCCCGUCUCCCUCCUCCUCCGCAGCCAACUCCCCCACCUCCAGCCACUGCCCCUCCAUCUCCUCUCCUCCUCCCACCUCAACCAGGCCGCCCUCUGGCUUUUCCUCACCUCCGCCCACUGCCACUCGCUCUCCCAGCCUACCCCAGGCCUAUGGAGUGACCUCGCCGCCCCCCAUCACUACCAAGGCCCCGCUGGACCUGAGCCGCGGUCCCAGCUCCCAGAGUCCUCCCCUGAGCCCGGCUGCUGGGGACGAUGUCAGUGGAGAGCUGCCUCGCAUCGAUGCCUUCUGUGGGAAACUGAGGCGAAGCAUCCGCAGGGCUGUGUUGGAGUCAGUGUCCCUGGACAAGUUCAUACCUGAAUCACCUGCCAGCAGUGAGCCAGGGGACAUGUCUCCCUGUCGCUCCCCGUCCACGCCCAGGCAUCUCCGCUAUCGACAGCCUGGAGUCACACCAGGGGAGAACUCACGCUGUACAAUGUCGCCAGCGUCUGCUUUCGCGAUUGCCACUGCUGCUGCUGGACACAGCAGCUCCCAGGGAUUCAGUAAUUCUGAAAAAGUCUGCGACAAAGAAUUCAUCAUCCGCAGAGCUGCGACUAACAGAGUUCUCAACGUGCUGCGACACUGGGUUUCCAAGCACUCGCAGGACUUUGACACGAACAGUGAACUGAAGAUGGGUGUGAUCGGCCUCCUGGAGGAAGUGCUGCGUGAUCCAGACCUGCUGCCACAAGAGAGGAAAGCAACAACAAACAUCCUAAGUGCCCUUUCUCCAGAGGAACAAGACGAUGCUCAGCUGAAGAUAGAGGACAUUUUACAGAUGAAAAGCUGUCCGCUGCUUCACUUCAUCGUGGCGGAGAGUCCUAAAGCAGAAUGUUUUGAGUCUCUGUCAGCGAUGGAACUGGCAGAGCAGAUCACUCUGCUGGAUCACAUUGUUUUCAGGAGUAUUCCCUACGAAGAGUUCCUGGGACAAGGCUGGAUGAAGACGGACAAAAGUGAGAGGACGCCGUACAUCAUGAAGACCAGUCAGCACUUUAAUGACAUGAGUAACCUGGUGGCGUCUCAGAUCAUGACGCACACCGAUGUCGGCUCCAGGGCCGGCUCCAUAGAGAAAUGGCUGGCGGUGGCAGACAUUUGCCGCUGCCUCAACAACUACAACGGCGUGCUGGAGAUCACCUCUGCUCUCAACCGCAGCGCCAUCUACAGGCUGAAGAAGACCUGGGCUAAAGUGUGCAAACAGACAAAGGCUCUGAUGGACCGGCUGCAGAAGACUGUAUCAUCAGAGGGAAGGUUCAAGAAUCUCAGAGAAACGCUGAAAAACUGUAACCCUCCAUGUGUGCCAUACCUGGGCAUGUACCUCACUGACCUGGCUUUCAUUGAGGAGGGAACACCCAACUUUACAGAGGAAGGCCUGGUCAACUUCUCCAAGAUGAGGAUGAUUUCUCACAUCAUCCGUGAGAUUCGUCAGUUCCAGCAAGCACCUUACAGGAUAGAGCACCAACCUAAGGUGACUCAGUUCCUCCUGGAUAAGACACUUGUGAUGGAUGAAGACACCCUCUAUGAGCUGUCGCUGAAGAUUGAACCCAGAGUUCCACCUGGCUAAAUCCACCUUUAUCUCACCCACAAACAAACAAACAAACAAACA